UAUAAACUGUAAAAAUAAAUAAAUUGAAAUAGAAAAAAUAAAUACUAUUUUCUCUCAAAAAACUAGAAUAGCAACUCUGCUGACUGGAACUGCAGGCACACAACCAACCACAAACCAGCGCUUAGAACGAGCCUACUAGAUUCGAACAUCAUCAUGCCACCGAAGAAGGCAAGUGGAGCUGCAGGACGGAAGAGGCAGAGGCUGGAGGCAGAGGAAGCCCAGAGGUCGAGCAGGGUCCUCAAGUCAUUCCUUACAAGGCCCGGGACAAGUAGCUCCACACCACCUCCCACAGAGUCGCCAGCACAAGUGGAGGAGGAAGUCCAGCCAGAUGAAGGUGGAUCAAGUGCACAUCCGCCACAAGUGGAGGAGGAAGUCCAGCCAGAUGAGGAGGCUGCCAGAGAGUGUGGACGUGACAGGAGGGGAAGCCGGUGGUGAUUUCGAGUCUACUGAUGAGAGUGAGACUGAACCCGUGGAGGAGGAGGACACUAUGUGCAGUGAACCGGAUGCUGACCAAGAGCCUCUAACUGUUAGGCCGGAAGUGAUUGAGCGACAUGACAUCAGACUUCUGCAGUUUGACAAGGAUACCGGAAGACCGAUUAUCCCUGACACGCUGAGAACAGAAAUGAUAAAGCUGGGUGCAAAGUAUUUCCAGAACUCUGAGGGGCCUUUCCUACCAACUAAAAACCGUGCGAUGAACAAGACUUGGUUCAGGAAGAGAUUGGGAAGUGGCCGUGGUGAGGAGGUGACUCGCCCAUAGCUGCUGUAUUCCCCUUCUAAGAGGUCGGCAUUUUGCUUCUGCUGUCUUCUCUUUUCCCGAUCAGAGCAUCAGUCAACAUUGGAGCAGGAAAGUGGAUUCAACCACUGGAAAAAACCUGAAAGGAUUCCUGUUCAUGAGAAUGCCAAGAAUCAUCGGGAGUGCUUCGCACAGUGGAUAGUAAUGCAAAGAAAUAUAGCUGGAAACAGAGGACUCAUUGAUGCGGAACUUCGCUCACAGAUUGAGAAGGAGAAGCAGCGGUGGCGUGAAAUCUUGUCAAGAAUCCUUACCUGCAUCAAAUACCUUGCAACUCAGAACCUGGCUUUGCGAGGACAUAGGGAGUCACUUCAGCUAGACAAGGAUGACACCAAUGUAGGAAAUUUCCUUGGCUUUCUAAAAGCAGUGGCUACUCAUGACCCAGUCAUGAGAGAACACCUGGCCCAUGUGGAAAGUCAUCCUGGAUCCACCUCUUAUCUCUCAUCGGCAGUCCAGAAUGAAUUCAUCCACCUGAUGGCACCCACUGUUCGCAAGAGUCUACUGAGAGGCAUUCGCAAAGCAAAAUACUAUGGCCUCAUGUUUGACUCGACUCCUGACCUGGCACACCGUGAGCAGAUGUCACAAGUAGUCCGAUAUGUAGAAAUUGAUUAUGAGAGGAAUAUAGUCCGUGUGAGAGAGUCCUUCCUUGGUUUUAUCCAGGUAAGCCGGAAGGAUGCUGAGAGCUUGACUAAAGACAUUUUAGAAAAGUUAGAGAAGGACGGAAUGGAGCUGCAAGAUUGUCGGUCACAGUGCUAUGACAAUGCUGCUGUGAUGGCUGGACACAGAAGUGGUGUUGCCCAACGGAUACGUGAGAAAAACAACCUGGCAGUGUUUGUGAAUUGCGACAAUCAUUCACUCAACUUGGUGGGUGUACAUGCAGCCAAAGAGGAUGUGGAGAUGGAGACAUUUUUUGGAACCAUUGAUUCCAUCUACUUGUUUUUUUCUUGCUCAACACAGCGCUGGCAAAGAAUCAGAGACGCCAUGUCUGUGUCUCUUAAGUCGGAGUCUGAAACCUGGUGGAGUUCAAGGACGGAAGCAGUGAAGCCAGUCAACAACCACCUGGAGGAGAUACUUCAAGUUCUUCAGGACAUGAGAGAUGAUGAAGAUGAGAACGUUGAAAGCAGAAGUGGCGCUAAGCUGCUGUGCAGCCACUUGUUGACUUAUGGUUUUCUGACUCUACUAGGUUUUUGGAAUAAGAUCCUCGCUCGAAUUGAUGGUGUUCAAAAGAGGCUGCAGGAUCCUAAAAUGAAUUUCCACUAUGCUGCUGUGCAUUUGAAAGCCUUCCAGGAUUGUUUUGAUGGUGAGAGAGAAGUGCUGGUCAGUGAGGCACUUGAGGUAGGUCAUCGUCUCUGUGAAGAAUGGGAUGUCGACUUUGAAAGACGUCCAAGACUGAAAAAACGAAUGCCUGGUGAGAAAUCAAGAGACGCUGGGUUAACAGCUAGGGAGGAGAUGGAAAGAGUCAUGAAGGGAACACUCGACCGUAUUAACAGAGAACUGGGCGAAAGGUUCACUCGCCUGCAUGACACUGAUGCCAAGUUUGGGUUCCUUCUCGAUAUCGAGGGACUGUGCUACAGUGCUGACACAGAGAACCUAAAGAAGAACUGUGAAAAUUUCUGCCAAAUGUACAGCACUGAUGUUGAUGUGGAGCUAUAUGACGAGAUUUUGGACUGCAGAAUGUUGCUAGCAGCACGGACCGACAUGAGAGUAGCAAGACCGGAACAGCUUCUCGAAUUUAAAGUUCAAUUUGGAUAUGACGCCACCGACCCCAACUUGCGCAUUGCUAUACAGAUCAUGCUGACCAUUGCAGUUUCCGUUGCCAGCUGUGAAAGAUCAUUCAGCAAUUUAAUGCCUAAAAACUACCAGCAAGCUCUUGCAUCUGUUUUUGCCAUUGAGGAGAUCAACAAGAAUGCCAAGUUGUUACCCAACACCACUUUGGGAUCCUGGAUCUUUGACAAUUAUUUUAAUCCAAGUAUGACCUAUUUGAACACUCUCACCCUAGUUUUCAUGGGACAAUGGCAUAUCCCAAAUUACAACUGUGUCAGGGAUAAGAAGUUCAUGGCUGCCAUUGGGGCGCUCACUUCCCAAAACUCCAUCCAGAUGGCCAACAUCUUAAAUACCUACAAAACACCACAGCUGAGUUAUGGCUCUUUUGACCCUAUUUUGAGCGACGUCAUUCAAUUCCCUUCUUUCUUCCGGAUGGUUCCAAAUGAAGGCCCUCAGUAUGUUGGCAUUGUUCAACUACUGAAGCAUUUCAGAUGGAAUUGGAUUGGCCUCAUCACAUCAGAUGAUGAUAGUGGAGAAACAUUCCUUAAAACUCUGAGGCCAAGGUUUUUCCAGAACAAUAUUUGCAUUGCUGUCACAGUAUCAAUUCCUGCAGAAACAUCUCAUGGAUCAAAUGCAGCAAUAACUAAUGCACUGGGAUGGAUUGAUCAGACUCUCAGAUUAUACAGCAAAAUAAAUGUCAUCCUUGUGUAUGGGGAUGGUCAGUAUAUGGAGGGUUUACAAUUUAUUCUACAAUCAAAUGAAUUUCUUCACUUUGAGCCAAUGGAGAAGGUUUGGAUCAUAACUGCUCAGUGGGAUUACACAGCUGUGGUUUCUGAGAAAAUCUUUUCAGUAAAAUCCUUUAAUGGCACCUUGUCCUUCACACCCCACAAAAAUGGGGUUCCAGGGUUUCGCGAUUACCUGGAGAGCAUUAAUCCACACCAGUCUCAGAUCUAUGCCAUUGGUUACUUCUGGUACAGUGUAUUUGAUUGUUCACUCCCCAUAAAAAACUUGUAUUUACCUGGUGCAAAACAUUGCACUGGGGAAGAGAAGCUGGGGAAUCUUCCUGCUUCUGUGUUUGAAAUGGGAAUGUCUUCUCAGAGUUACAGUAUCUACAAUGCUGUUUACGCCGUAGCGCAUGCUCUCCAUGCCAUGUUUUCGUCAAGAUACAAACAAAAAAGAAUGAAGAAAGGAGAGAGAAAGAAUCUUCUGAAAGUUCAGCCAUGGCAGCUUCAUGCUUUUCUGAGGAAUGUCCGCUUCAACAAUAGUGCUGAGGAAGAAAUAUUUUUUGAUGAGAAUCUGGAGUUGGCAGUCGGAUACGAUAUUGUCAAUUUGGUCACAUUUCCCAAUCAAUCCUUCCAGAGAGUUCCAGUUGGAAGGAUGGAUGCCCAAGUUUCAGGAGGGAAAGACUUCACCAUCAAUGCAAGUGCCAUUCAGUGGAACCACAAGUUCAACCAGACACUGCCUCGUGCCACAUGUGUUGAGAGCUGCCACCCAGGACACAGCAGGAUUGCUCUGCAGGGGAAGCCAGUGUGUUGCUAUAAUUGUACUCCGUGUUCUGAGGGGACGAUUGCAAUUCAGACUGAUGCUAACCACUGUGAGAAGUGCCCAGAAGAUCAGUAUCCAAAUAAGGAACAGGAUCAAUGCAUCUCCAAAUUUAUGAAUUAUUUAUCCUACAGAGAACACUUAGGAGCAGCUUUGGCUCUUUGUGCCAUUCUCUUUGUGUUGAUCACAGUUUUGGUGAUGGGGAGCUUCAUUCUGCACUGGAACACUCCCAUUGUCAAAGCCAACAACAGGAACAUCACCUGCACCCUGCUAGUCUCUCUGCUUCUUGGUUUUCUAUGCUCUUUCCUAUUCAUUGGCCGACCUGGGAAGCUUUCCUGCAUUUUACGACAAACCAUGUUUGGUAUCAUCUUCACUGUUGCAGUGUCUUCUGUGUUGGGUAAAACGGUCACUGUGGUUGUGGCCUUCAUGGCCACCAAGCCAGGAAACAGGAUGAGGAAAUGGGUGGGGAAGAGGACGGCAGUAUCCAUCAUCAUUCUCUGUUCUCUUAUUCAAAUUAGUAUCUGUGCUGUGUGGCUGGGGAGCUCUCCUCCAUUCCCAGAGUUUGACAUGCACUCCCAAAUUAGUGAGAUCAUUCUGCAAUGUAAUGAAGGUUCAGCCAUCAUGUUCUACACUGUCCUGGGUUACAUGGGGCUUCUGGCCAUCAUCAGCUUCACUGUGGCCUUCCUUGCCAGAAAGCUGCCUGACACGUUUAAUGAGGCCAAGCUGAUCACCUUCAGCAUGUUGGUCUUUUGCAGUGUGUGGGUGUCAUUUGUCCCAACCUACCUGAGCACCAAAGGGAAAUUCAUGGUGGCUGUGGAGAUCUUCUCCAUCUUGGCCUCCAGUGCUGGAUUACUGGGUUUUAUUUUUUUCCCCAAGUGCUAUAUUAUUUUACUGAGGCCUCAUCUGAACACCAAAGAGCAAUUAGUAAAUAUUCAUCUUACCUGA